GCUUUCCCCGCCUACAAAGUGAUAUACUUUGAUGCUCAUUACAACUACAAUCUCAUUUUCGACACAAAGACAGUCCAACAACAAUACAUAAAAAACUUCCUCAUCCUAACAACUAGAACAACUACGACAUAAAAACCGCAAUUAUGCCCGCCAUCCGCCACUCCUCCAAGCGCAAAGCUCCUCCCCAAGGCUACAGUGACAUCGAAGAUUCCCUUCUAGUCUACAGCAACAAAAUGAAGGAUGCCAUUGCGGCUCCACCAUCUACCGGUCCCCGUCACCAAGCCACCUGGGAAAUCACACAGAUAAAUCAUCAGCGGAGUAGAUACGUUUGGGAUAUGUAUUGCGAAGAGAAGAUUAGCAAGGCAUUGUAUGAUUGGUGUGUCAAGAAUGGCCAGUGUGAUGCGACGCUCGUGGCGAAGUGGAAGAAAGAAGGAUAUGAGAAGGUGUGUUAAUUUAUUCCUUAGGAAUGAGAUGGUAGAUGAAUGCUUGAGUGAUUUACUAAUGAGAAUAUGAUAUAGUUAUGUUGUCUUAAGUGCGUUCAAACGAAAGAGACAAACUUCAACUCUACCUGUAUAUGCCGGGUUCCGAAAGCGGAUUUGAAGGAGGACCAGGAGAUUCAGUGCGUUAGUUGCGGAUGCAGAGGCUGUGCUUCGAGCGAUUAGGCCGGGAGCUUCCUUGCACUUAUUCGCCGAUGCUCACUGCAUUUGCGUUUCUGGGAGAAAUGCACAAAGCGAGACCCACUCCGCCUUCAUCCAAAGGGAGUGAUAUGUACUAUUUGCUUGAGUGAUGAUGACCAGAGAACCGACGAUAUUCAAGGAUCAUGGAGAGAUUUGGGAAACAUUCACGCCGGGUGGCGGAGGAGGAGCGCAAUUCGAUGAGUAUUAUAUACUCUGCUACUUUGAUGAUACCAGCAUUUGGGAUUUGACAUUUGGCGUUCAGGAUAUUCAUGGGUAGGACAUAAAGGAAGGAAAUAUUCAGAAUGAAAUAGGUGCAUGGUUGGGGAGUCAAAUGCUAUGGCUGAGGCGGGCAGUAUGAAAGAAAACUAAGAUUUUAUUGAGGCCCCUCGUAAUUAUUAAUUACAUCACGGAGGACAAACACAUGGGUGCUCUAAAGAAUCCUUUGAGCACAGCAUUGUUAUUUUGCGGUCUUUCUAGAUGAGAGAUAGUCGAGGCAUCUUGGCACGAGUCCCAAAAGCUCCAGAUGUUCAGCUGCCGAUGUUUGUUCUAGGGAAAUGGAGAGAGUGUCCGGGCCCACGGCUCGCAUUAUGGAAGAUACACUUUUGAGGGUAAAUCUACAUGCAUAUUUUGCAUUUGCAUAUGAGGGAGAAAUGGUCAGAUAGUACUUAGAUAAUGAGAAGAGAGAAAUCAUAUCCAAACCACCCAGCCA